CAAAAGAAACAUAUCCACAAACGGAGGCGAGUACGUUCCUUUCGUUCACCAAAAAAAUUCGUUUACGAACGACACACCAUUCAAUCCCACACUCCUUUCCAGUCGGUGGCGGUAAUGCUCAGAAACGUUGGUUGCCAACCGCCAUAAAACCCUAAGAAGAAGAAAAAGAACAUUGCGAGAAGAAUGGCUGCAAGGUUACUCUUUAGGUUGUCAGUACGCGCCGCAGGAACGUGCCGGGCAGCAGUCCCGGCUUUUACCCGCGGCAUGUCUGCCGGAGGUAUUCCAACUGACGAAGAACAAGCCACUGGCAUGGAGAAGAUUGUUAUGCGGGCAAUGAGAGAUGGCACUGACCCCUACAACAUGCUGAAGCCUAAGGAGUAUGCAGGGUCUUUAGAGGAUCCUCACUUGGUCCCUUCCAUCACCAACAAGAGAAUUGUUGGUUGUGUCUGUGAAGAGGACAACACGGUUGUGGCGUGGUUCUGGCUCCACCAGGGGGAGCCCCAGCGCUGCCCCUCCUGCGGUGCCCAUUACAAGCUGGUGCCCCAUGAGCUUCCACACUGAGCUCUAUAUUUUUAUGCAUACGCACAUGCAUAAUUACAGGCACACGCUCCCCAUUCCACUUGUUACUCCAUAUACCUCAUUUGUCACCAGUCUGCUUACAUUAUAACAUCAUAAGUUUGGGCCAUGGCUCUCUCGCGCAUACACAUGCACACACACACACACACACAUACAGACAUGUACGCACACAUGUAUGCACACACACACACACACUCCCCAUUCUUUACAUCUACUCCAUAUACCUCAUUUAUCACCAGUCUGCUUACAUUAUAACAUCAUAAGUUUGGGACAUGGGUCUCCCACGCAUACGCAUACACACACACACACACAUACAUACAUAUACAGGUACACACAUGUAUGCAGACACACACAUACACACACACACCUAGGCACACAAGCAAACUCCCUAUUUGUUACAUUUACUCCAUAUACCUCAUUUGCCAGCUUUGCUUACGUUAUAACAUAAGUUUGGGACACGGGUCUCCCACGCAUACACACAUGCACACUCCCCAUUCCAAUUACCUUUACUCCAUAUACCUCAUUUGUCACCUGUCUGCUUGCAUUAUAACAGAAGUUUGAGAUACGGGUCUUCCAUGCACGAAUGCACACACACACUCCCAGUUCCGAUUUACCUCAUUUGCCAGUCUGCGUAUAUUAUGAUACAAAAUGUCUGGGUCACAAAGGUUGUGGUUUGGGAAGCAAUAAUUUUCCAAUUCCAUUUUAUACAGUUUACCUGUAUUGUUAUGUGCAAUACAUACAUUUGGUCCAGGUCCUUCUAUCAAUAAAAUUUAUGGUAUAAAUU